AUCACGAAUCAUGCUCGAUCUAAUCCAGGCAAGAUGCAGAGCUCCACUCUGCUGGCCAUCUUCCGAUCCGUCGCUCUUUCUCCCCAACCUUCCCGAUGUCGAGGGGGACGCCCCCCGGUAUCAGCCACCCCCGGAGGGCCGACGGGGCGGUGAAAGGCGGAUAGGCACCGUGACACGCGAUCACGGUGGCCAGGAUGGAGGUAGAAGCAAGCCGACGACGAGCAACGUUAGUGAAAGCUCACCGUCCGUCCCGAGCGCACCGGAUCCUGGGAUCUCCAUCUGCAGGGCCUCAUCUCACCCUCCGACAUCUCUGUCGCCGCCACCCGAGUUCAGAGACCCUUCGGCCCCUCGUAUUCGGCAUUUUAUCUCGACCCUCGCCGAGGAACCGGAAGCCUCGAAGAUGCCGCGGGUGCCAGCCAAAAGCGCCUCUCACCUGACGCCCCGAGGGCAGAUGGAGAGACGACGACCCCCGUUUCUCAGAGGAAGUGUGAAAUCUAGAGAGUCGGACAGAGGAACUGGGGGCAGUGGAAGAAUGGAAUCUGGACGCAGUGCAAUUUUGGGAAGUGGCGGUGGGGACGGAGGCAGUGACGAUGAUAUGGCGCCCGAUGCUUUGGUCCGGCAAAAUUUCGAGCUGCGCCAUCGUCUGGAGGAGGAAGCAGCCAGCUACAAGAGGCGGCUCGACACCUACAGACAGGCGCAGCAGCAUCAGGCCACCCUGGUUUCCCGCCUGCAGGCUAAGGUGCUGCAGUACAAGCAGCGAUGCUCGGACUUGGAGAACCAGAUGAUGGAGUCACUGCCAACGGACGCUGGCAGGGGACCAUCUUCAUCCGUGCCCAGUGGAUCAGCUCUUGAUGCCGCACAUCAGACGCUGCGAGAAUUGCGGGAAGAGCAGAUCCACGACUUGGAAACUGCGCUAAAAAAGCUUGCGGAGGAACGCAGAAGAUGUGAGAAAAUCCUGCAGGUCAACGCCUCCUUGAAAGACCAACUGGAGGACGCUCACCAGGCCAACGAAGCUUUGACGUCGGAUCUUCAGAAGUUGAGCAACGAUUGGGACGCCCUGCGAGAGGAGAUGACGGUGAAAGAGGACGAGUGGAAGGAGGAGGAGCAGGCCUUCAACGACUACUAUACCUCUGAGCAUAACAGGCUACUAAAUCUAUGGCGUGACGUAGUCUCUGUUAAGAGAUUAUUCUCGGAGGUGAAGUCCGCGACGAAAAGAGACCUUUCCAAACUCCAAAACGAAAUCUCUAUCACUUCGAGGGAAAUGGCAACUGCUUGCGGCAGCACUAAUUUCGCACUUAAAAUGCAAGCCACCAAUGCACAGUCAUCGGUCUCUCAGCAGUUCCAACAAGCUCAAGAAGCUUGUGACAUGAAAUCUGAAAUAAUAGCUUUGAAGCAGCAGUUCGACGUGGCUCAGAACGAGAUUCGGAUGAAGGAAGACCGGAUUAAUCAAUUGAUACGUGAGGUCCAUACCCUGGAGGAAAGAUGCGGGGAAGCAGAAGCGGGGAUGGGCCAAGUCGUCCGCAUCCAGGAAGACGUCGAACUUCUACAAUCAGCCUUACGUGACAUUGCCCACGCCGUAAUCCAAGAUGCCGAAUCCCGAGACGUCGAAAACACUCAGGCUCCACCACACGUUCAUCUUUCGCCGACAGGAGCUGUCCCUCAACGAUCCCCGAAGAGGGGAACGAGAAGCAACACGACGCCAGCUUUUGCAGAAAGUACGAUAAGCGCUGUCCAAGCGGCGUUGCACAAGUACCAGCUCAUGAUACACGAGCUUCAGGUGAAACUUCAAACGAACAAGGAGCAGUUAACGAUCGCUCGAAAGCAGUGCGAAUCGGCUGAAGAAUGUAGCCAGGCUCUGGAAGAAAAGGUUUCCGAAUUAACAUCGCAGUUGGACGCUGCGAGAUCUCAUUGCACUCAACUUACACAGGAGAAAGAUCUUAUUCAGAAGAAUCUCGAUGCUGUAAGAGCGGAGAAGAAUUCGCUUGAUAAAAACAGAGUGGAAAUCAACGCUAUGGUCGAAGCUCUCAAUGCGGAUUACGACAAACUCCAGAAAACGAACAACAGGUUACAAAAAUUGGCUGACAAUCUUGAGGACGAAAAAAUUUAUCUGCAAACUGAACUCGAUCGAGUCAACAAGGACUCGGAAUUGAGAGAAAUAAGUCUUCGGUCGGAAGAAGAUCGGUCCAGUAGAAUGCGAGAAGAACUUUUGACUUUGAGGGAAGAGCUGAACAAGACUUACCUCGCUAAGGACAUGUUAGAACAACAGAAAAUGGAGUCUGACGGUCUCAUAUCACAAAUUGAAAAGAGUAAAGGCGAUCUUGAGCUGGAACUGGAACGCAUCCUGUUGGAAAAAUCUGACAUUCAGGAAGCCUUGGCAAAACUUGAGGCCAUGUGCGCAAACGGUGAGCAGGAUAAGAAGAGGCUACAGGAUGAACUGAAGAAGAUGCAAGAUGAGAAGAGUAAACUCGGAAGUCAAUGUACAGAUCAGCAAGGCGACCUGGGAUCCUUGAGGAAGGAAUUGCUGCAGGCGGAACAGGCCCGCCUUGAUUUGGAGUCCGACAAGGUUACACUGAACGAAAAAGUCAAAUUCCUCGAGAUCGAGAAAGAGAAGGUUGAGAUGGAGCUUGGUCAAGUGUCGCGAGAACGUGGCGAUCUCAGCAAUCAGUUGUCCGUUCUAGCCAGGAAGAAAGAGGCACUGAACGAGGAGCUGAUGAGGCUCAGACAGCGUUUGGAACAAGCCAAUGAAAUGAACGCGAGGAUCAAUAGGAACCUGGAAGACCUCGUUAAGGACAAUGAAGAGAAACAAGUCCUGCUGGAAACCACCGACAAAGAACUCCAGCGCGUUCAGGAGCAGCUAGCUUCCCUUCGUAGCGAGAAAGAAGCAUUGGAAGGCGUUCUGUUCGACACUCAAACGAACCUUGAAGCAACGCAUGCGAAAAAAACACAGCUAGAAAAAGAGCAGCAAGAGCUAUUGGUGAGGCAGGAAAGUCUCAAGGGUCAGGUCAUCAGGCUUACGAAGGAUUUGGAGAACAGCGAGAGGCGAGCUCAGGAUAUAAAACAGACGCUGACACAGCAGAGCGGAAACCAGGAGGCGGAGUUCCAGCAGAUUAUUGCAAACAUGAAGAAACAGAAUGACGACAACGUUAAGAAACUGAACGAAGAAAAGGAACAAAUAAGAACCUCCUUGGAAAAGCGUCUGCAACAGUCAGUCUCGCAGCUGGGCGGUGAAAAGGAUGACGAAAUAGCACAGCUUCAGCAGAGAAUCGAAGAUCUUCAACAACACAUUGAAAAUCUGUGCCAGCAGCACGAAGAGGUCCUUCUGAGAGCAGAAAAUGACAAGCAACAAUCUCUGCUGAUAGCUCAUCACGAUCAGCAAGCGCUGAUGGAAAAACUUGAAGGCGUGUACCGAGAACUUGAGGAGGAGAGAGGAAACUUGGAUCGCUUACGCAGAGAGGCAGGUACUCGUGCGGAUCAAGAUCGCAAUAAUAUCAAUCAGCUUCGUGACGAGGUAGCUCGACUGCGAACUCGAUACGACGAAACCAAACUUAAAGCGGAGGAGGAAAAAAUGCGGCUUGAUCUGAAAAUCGAGGAACUAUGGAAGGAGAAGGAAAGCUCUCAACGAGAGACCGAAGAACUCCAGGUACAGUUGCACAUGGCCGAAGACAAGGUCGAUGGCUUACAAAAUCAACUGCAGGAGACAAGUAGAAAACUGAAAGAAGCCGAAAAUUCAAUCGAAAUGUUGCGAAAAGAGCUAGUCGACGUUCGCAGACAAUUGACAGACACGAACUAUGAGAAGGAAAAGUACAACAGUAGUAAUAAGGAACUGCGGGAAUACGUGAAACGCACGGAGGGUGAAAAACGAGAGCAGGGUCGAGCUCUGGAGGAAGCUUAUCAAAAGAUUGCAGGCUUGGAAGACCUUAAGACUACAAUCGACAACGAAAGAUCACGACUCCAGUCUCAGCUUAGAGACAUGGAACGAGACGCUAUGCAGCUGCAACAGCAACUCCGAGCUACUCAGGACGAGCUGCAAAAAUCCCAGGCUGCAAAUGCUCAGGGACAAAACGAAGAGAGAGAAUUGCAGGCGAGAUUAGCUAACGAGACCGAAGAGAGGGAACGUCUCCAACUGCAACUACAUCAACUGAAGAAACAGGUAAUCGACCUGGACAACAGCUUGGAGGUGACUCGCCAAGAACUUGGAAGACUUCGUUCCCGAGGAGACGAAGAAGAUGAAAGAUGGCGUGCUAGAGAACAAGAGCUCCUGGUCCGACUGGAAGACAGUCGAUGCCGUGAACGAAAACUGGAGGAUCAGAAGCACAACUUGGAAGUCUGCUUGGCUGAUGCUUCGCAACAACUCCAGGAACUCAAGGCACGGCUUGGCGGCUCUGAGGGAAGGGUCCGAGCUCUGGAUGCUCAAUUAUCCCAAUUGGAGACUGCCAAGAAAGAAGUUGAGCAAAAGUUGAGCAGCGUCGGAUCGACUCUUCGUCGUAUUGCUGGUAUUCAACUCGAUGGCAGUGUCAAUAUGCCUUUCAAAUUAAUGAGCCCCUCGCGAAGAUGGAGCCCCGCGCGUGCAAGCCACGCCGAUCACGGAGACGGUGGACGAGACGUCAUACUUGAUGUUGAUCCGGAGGCUGUGAGAAAGGGGGUUCGAUCACUCAUGCAGCAAGUGGCUCAAAUUGAACGAGAGCGAGACGAUUGCAGAAUUGAAAUCAGCAGUAUCAGGAAGCAGCUGACAGAGGCGCAGGAGAACCAGUCGAAGGGCGAUUCGAAGCUAAAUAAUUUACUGAGCAGCCUGCGAUCCUUACAGGAUGAAAAAAGUACAAUUGAGGCAAAAUUGUCCCAGAGACAGGCCGCCUUCCAAGCGCAGUCGGAAGCCUUGAAGCAAAGAACCGAGGAGAACGAACAAAUGCGGGAAAAAAUGACCACCCUUGAAUUAACCAUCAGUAGCGAGUCUGAAGGGAAGAGUCAGUACGAGGAAAAACUUGAAAAAAUGCGACAAGCACUUGCGAAAUUGGAAAAUGAAAAACGUGGCCUCCAAGACGAAUUGGGAAGAAACGAAUCCCGCUCGACGAAGCUAGAGCUACAACGCAUGUCACUGGAGGGCGACUUGCAACGUCUGCAAAUGAUACUACAGGAAAAAGAAGGAAAUAUUCAGAAAUUGCAAGACAGAGUUGAAACGCAAAACCGAACGAUGGCUAGCCUUGAAGAAAGAUGUGCCUCGUUGAAAACAACGAUCGAACAAUUGAAUUUGGCUUUGGAGCGAGCAUCAUCCGGGGAGAGUGAAUUGAGGAAUGAGAUUAACGCUCUGCAACGAAGUCUCAUGGAAAGUAACGCGUCGUCUCAAAGCCAGAACGAAAAACUGAAACAGCUGCAGAAACAACUAUCGAACAGCGAGAACGAGCGCCGCAUAUUGUCAGAGAGGCUGGACUCCACGCAGCAAGCGAUGGCUGAGCUCAGACGCACAAAUCAAACUUUAGCCGACCAGACAACUAGACUUCAGAACGAAUUGGCCAAUAACGAAGUACAACGAUCCGGCCUCGAAUCUCAACUAAGAUUGGCCAGCUGGCCUCCAGAAAACUCAUCGAACAAAGACGAAGAACUCGUACGGCAACUCCAUAAUGCGCAGCGAGAAAGAAGUGAACUUAAAGGAAAGGUCGAUGCUUUGAACGAUAAAGUAAAAGCUCUUGAAGCAGACAAGCGCAACAUGGAACGACAGCUUUCGUCAUCUCGAGCGAGCAACAUCCGUAGCAAGAGUUACGAACGACCCGAAAAGGCCCAGAUGGAAUUGAUGGGUUCUAAUAUAAGCGUGGAAAAUCUGGAACAAGAGAAUAGAGAUAUGAGAUUGAGGAUUCGCAGAUUGGAGACGAAUCUGGCAGAAAAGGAAGCGGAACUUAUUCGCUUGAGAACGUCACAUUCGCACUCUCAUUCUCAUUCGACGUCAGAUCUGAGCAGGGAUAGAAGCGGAGAGAUGGAAAGAUUACGAGCAGCACAAUUGCAGGCAGAAAAACUACUGGAGGCCAGAGAGCAGAGCCAUCGUCAACAAGUGCUGCGACUUGAAAACCAGAUUCAACUGCUGAGAGAACAACUAAAUCAGGAAAUCAAACGCCGUCAGCUUUACGUGCUGCGAAGCUCUCGCGCAGGGCGAGAAAUGCAACAGCUUCGACAGGCUCUGGGGGAUUCCUUGAGGACGGUGUCGCAGGAUCCAUCCUUAGACGCAGUGCUGCUGGAACACGAAGCCAGGAAAUUGGACUCUACCCUUUCUAGCACCGCGAGUUUGCCGCCAUCCUUGGCUUUGCCUCCGCCAUCUUCGUACGACAGAAGAUCUCCGACGCCGACGCGGCUGAAAUAAACCUGAAACUAAUUACUAGAGGAUGAAUUCAAGCAGAAGGAAGAAAAAAUGAUAAUAUUUGUUCAAUCAGUGUGUAAAGAAAAUUCGGUGGCUUUGCCGAAAUGCGUUGAUCGAGAGGGCAUUGCACAAUAUUUAAUCAUAUUGUAUAGCGGUACGUGUAUUCUUCGUUUUGGGAACUGCUAUGAGGCAUUCUAUGAUAGUUGAGGAUACAUUUAGAAGUUGUUCUCUCUCGAUGCUCGGUAGGCAUUGCCAAAGACCGAAGAAAGUUAGUCGAUCUGAACCGGAAGGGACGGAUGUAGAUAUAUUAUUACGUAGAUGAUCAUUCAAGUUUCGUUAUUAUUGCUAUAAAUUAUAUAACUACAUUGAUUGAUUUGUGUUUCGUUGUGUAACUGUGCGUCAGUCGAUGUUUUCUAUUGUUCGUAAAUCACGCCUGAAAUUUCGUCAUGCAUACGUUAUAUACAUAUAUUAUAUCAUAAAUUUG